UCAUAAAUGGAUGGAAAUGUCGGCGGCAAGAUUGCUUGCAUUGCAGCAUGCGUUGAUUUGAUAUUUCAUAAAUAAGUGCAGUGUAGUUCUGUUUUCUUUGGUAAAUUAUUUAAUUUGUGAAAUUUAGGUAUGUCUUUCACAUUAUUCAAAUUAUUUGUUAGUUCAUUUAGAAAGAACCUGCCCAGACAUCCGAUCAAAACAGGUCUGCUGCAACUGCGCUUUGCAACAGUUAUGAACCCAGACACGAUCAAUACUGUUCCAAGUGUACAAAGUGGGGAUGGGGAGGAGGACAUAGUUCGUAACAAGAACAUGACGCGAUUCAAACGACGUCACAUGAAAAGGCAGUGGGAAGAUUUGAAUCCGAAGAAAGAAAACGGUGAAUCUGCUGAAAAGAAAGCUUGCGAGAGGAUAAAGAGGAAGAAAGUGGCUUUAUUGUUGGGGUACUGUGGUGUGGACUACUUUGGUAUGCAAAGGAAUCCCGGUGUACAGACAAUUGAAGAAGACUUAUUCAAGGCCCUACUAGAUGCAAAAUAUAUCACGGAAGAUGAUUUUAAAACACAGCAGAACAUACAGUUUCAACGGAGUUCCCGGACAGACAAAGGAGUCUCAGCUGCUAGACAGGUUGUGUCUUUAAAGCUACCUCUGGAAGCCGACAUUGAAGAAAUAAAUAAAAGAUUACCAGAAUGUAUAAGAAUUUUUGGUCUAAAGCGAGUUACAAAUCGUUUCAACUCCAAAGUCAAGUGUAACGCAAGAACAUACAGCUAUACUCUUCCCACAUAUGUGUUUGAGCCCAGUAUCAUCACAAAUGAAGAGAGAAAAGGAUAUAGAAUACCAGCAGAAAAAUUAGAACGAGUGAAUAAAAUUUUAGGGUUUUAUAAAGGAACUAAGAGUUAUCACAAUUUUACAGAAAAGAAGCAUUACACUGACCCCUCGGCUUCUCGGUAUAUGUUGGGUUUUAGUGUAGACAAAGUUUUUGUUGAUUCUGACAUGGAGUUUGCUGUUUUGUUAGUAAAGGGCCAAAGCUUUAUGUUGCAUCAAAUAAGGAAAAUGGUUGGUCUAAUGGUAGCUGUGAUAAGAGGUCACACGGACGACAGUAUUAUGGAGAAAGUAUUUUCUAAGGAUAAAGUCAUGAUUCCCACUGCCCCUGGACUGGGAUUGGUUUUAGACAUGGUUCAUUACGAUAGGUACGAUGCAAAAUUCAAAGGUACUCACGAGAGCUUAACAUGGGAAUUUGUUGAAGACACAGUACAGAAGUUUAAACAUCAAUUCAUUUAUCCGAACAUAGUCAAAGGAGAAGUAUUAGGAGAUAACAUGGGAACUUGGCUAGAGAAACUAAACUUGCAUUCCUACGAGCCAUCUGAUGAAACCGACGAGAAAGGGACAGAAGAUGCGGAGGGAGAGUUAGAAGAUGACGAUGACGAUUGUGAUGAAAAAGACGACCACGAUGAGACAGAAAAGGAAGGUAGAUCAGAAAGUAAGAAGGAGAUAGAAUAGUUUUCUAUUUUGUAAGUACAUAAUUAUAUUAUAACUAAAAUGAAUUUUACCGAGAUCCGGUAUUUGAUAUAUAAUUUAAUAUACAAGUCAUUGGGGAUAGA